GACAAGUGGUUUGAUGAUUGAUACUCAAUCCUCACCCUCACCGCCCGACCACCUAUCCCAAUCCCCCGAGUAAAAAACCCUUUUUCCAAAAAAAAUUAAUCUACUUGUAGUUCAUAUCCAAACGUUUAAGAAAGAGAAAAAGAAGUCGCUGCACCAAUCUCUUCCUGCAGUGUACCGCUUUCACCGGGCGAUUCCGGCCUAAUCAAAGCAAAUGCAUUCCGCGACCAUGAAGGCCUCUCCAACUAUCCUCUGCCCUUACGGCUACUCCCACGGGACUUGUGGCUAUUGUAGUCCUCCAGGCGAAAGAAGCCGCAAGAAAGAAUCAAGUAAAUAUGGAAUGGUCGCAAAGCAACUUAGCCCGCAGUACUACCAAAUGCUCAUGGACAGGGGAUGGCGUCGAUCUGGCACAUAUGUCUACCACCCAGACAUGGCCAGCACCUGUUGUCCACAAUACACUAUCCGUCUUGAUGCUUUCAAUUUCAAAUCCAACAAGAAACAGAAUCAAGUUGUGAACCGGUUCAACCGUUACCUGGAGCAAGGCGUAAAGCCAGGCGAGCAAAUGGUUGCAGAGAGGCAGAAAGAGAGUAGCAAGGGGGCAAAGGGGAAAGUGGGAAAAGGAAGAGCAAACGGAGGCGGUCGAGACAUUGUGUCAGAAGUCCACGAAUUUGAAGUGGGGUACGGCAGAGAGAAUGAUGCUGUCCAUCGAUUCGAGACUCAAAUUGUACCCGCAAAAGCCACCGAAGAAGCCUUCAAGAUGUACAAGACUUACCAAAUAAGCGUACACCAUGACAAGCCUGAAGAUGUCACCAUGAAGGGAUUCGACCGUUUUCUAUGUUCUGGUCCGUUAAUUGUAACCCCUAUCAAAUACGAGGAUGAAGAAACGGGAAGAAAGGGGGUGCAAGAAGGAAGGCUGCCGGAGAAUUAUGGCCCUUACCAUCUCUUGUACAAAGUCGAUGGCCAGCUCAUUGCCAUAUCUGUGCUCGACAUAACGCCCCUUGGGGUAUCUUCAGUAUAUUGCAUCUGGAAUCCUGACUGGGCAUGGGCAAGCCUCGGCAAACUAACGGCCCUAUAUGAAAUCAACCUCGCAAGACGGCUCGGCGCUGCUGGGGCCGGCAAAGAGUUUAGCGGUACGGGUAUGAAAUGGGUAUAUAUGGGAUAUUGGGUACCAAAUUGCCAAAAGAUGAAGUACAAGUCGGAGUAUGCCCCGAGUUAUUUGCUGGAUCCUGGUACGAAUGAGUUCCAUGAGUUAACCCGCGAUCUUGAAAUGUACCUGGUCAAUCACCCAAGAGGAUACUUUCCCUUUAAAGAUAUUGAGGCUGAGGUGAAAAAGUCACAAACAAAGAAGUUAAAUGUACCAUCCGCUCCAAAAUCGCCCAUCGUCGCCACUUCAAACGAGGUCGGCCCUGAUGGCGAUCAAGAUUCGGAUGAAGAAGGUGAACCAGGUUAUUUACCUACACCCCCUCCUCCAGGAUUCGCCGACCCUGCAACCAUUUCCGAAAAAGAAGUAGACGAGGUUCUGGUUUUGCUGAGUUUGCGGAAGAGCCAUUUUGGCGGAAAACAAUUGUUCCAAAUAUCAGAACUGGAAUUUGUUGAUAGUUAUUAUGUACGCGAGACUGUCAGGCAAAUGUUGGCCGCAGUGGGCAAAGAAUGGAUCGCGAAUGAACGCGAUAGGGUAACAGGAAUAGCGGCGGAGAAGGGGAUCAUGUUUCUUGGGUAGAUUUUUUAGAUUUUACUGUCCGCAGUUGCCGAGUACCGUGUGCUAGUUCCCAAAAGGCGAUGAGCUAGGAGAUGGAGGGAGAUCUGUAUGGAAAAGUUGUAUUUAUUGUCAUAUGCAUAGUAUAAUCUUGUCAUAGUU